AUGGGGGAGGGAGGCCGCAGGCCGGGCCUGCCCACCAGGAGGUCCGGAGAGCCCCGUUGGAUGAGGGGGGACAGCGUUGGCCCACCGGGGGGAGGCGGAGAAGGGGAAGCUCCGGGCCUCCCAUUGCAUCUCCUCCCCAUCCCCGAGCUGGAUGCCCAGGCCGGCCCUUCCAGCGGGCGCCCCGCGCCGGCGCGCCCCCCACCCCGGACUCGGAGCUCCCGAGGCCGACGCAGCGCCCCACCCACAGAGGGCUCAUCCUCCGCCGCCCGGUGCUUUAGUCACCUUGACUCGCCCCCGGGCGGUGCGGGCCGCGACGCGGGGCGCCGCUGCAGGCUAGAGAUGCAGACCACGGGCUCCGCUUGCUUACCUGCCUCGGGCUGCGGCACCCGCGUCCCGGCUCCGGGUCCGGGCCACCCGGGCCGGGGCGGGGCCGGGGCGGGGUGGACGGCAGGGAGGCCGGGGCUGCGGUCCGAGGAGACGACCAGGUUGCGGCGGGGCGGCGGGGGUCCCGCCCCGACUUCACUUGGCUGCGCGCAGCCGGUUCCCCAAGCUGGGUCCCCGGCGCUCCGUCCUCCCGAGCCCGCCGGGCGACUGCGCUCUCCUCCAAGGCACUGCUCGCCGGUCCGCGCUGCUCUUAAAGGGCCCGCGCCGCACCGCAGCCCGCGGGGGGACGAGGAUGGCGAAAGCGAGCGCCGCGACGCCCGGGGGCGUUGGGGCCCGAAGAAGAGCGCGUUUGUGAAUUCAGGACUAGGGGCUGGCGGCAAGCCUACCUAG